AUGCAAUUGGUUCGCGCCGCGGUCCUUUUUUGGACCUGCACGGUGUUUCUCUUCGCCUCCACGGCGGUGAACUCUUUAGGAGUCAAUUUUGGCACCCAAGCCUCUCACACUUUAUUACCUACCAUUUUGGUCAAAUUGCUUAAAGACAAUGGUAUCAACAAGAUUAAGCUAUUUGAUGCAGAUUCUUGGUAUCUCAAUGCCUUUGCUGGCACUGGAAUUGAAGUCAUGCCCGGUAUCCCUAAUCUUGAAUUGAAGAGGCUUAGUGGCGAUUAUGAUCAGGCAAAGAGUUGGGUCAAACACAAUAUUACAACGCAUUUGUACGAUGGGGGUGUCAAGAUCAAGUAUGUGACAGUUGGAAAUGAGCCAUUCUUGACAAGCUACAAUGGAUCAUACUUGAAAACAACACUCCCAGCUAUCCAAAACAUCCAAAGAGCUCUCGACGAAGCGGGCCACGGGAAUAUAAAAGCAACGACUCCACUCAAUGCGGAUGUCUACGGAGGAAGUGUUCCAUCCGAGGGUGAUUUUCGUUCGGACAUAAAACCCUUAAUGCUCGACUUAGUAAAAUAUCUCAACUCCGUUCAUUCCCCUUUCCUCGUCAACAUCUAUCCAUUCCUAUCGCUUUACCAACAAGGAGCAACCUUUCCCAUAGACUUCGCCAUGUUCGAUGGCAAUGCCCAAGGCAUCAACGAUCAAGGACGUCAUUAUGAUAACAUGUUAGACGCAAAUCUAGACACGUUAGCAUGGUCCCUAAAGAAAGCCGGAGCUAGCAACAUGAAGAUCAUAAUCGGGGAGAUAGGAUGGCCCACAGACGGCGACAUACACGCAAAUAUCUCCCUUGCGAAGCGAUUCUACAGCGGCUUUUUCAAAAAGAUGGCAGCCAAUAAAGGGACUUUUGAAAGACCGGGAAGUCUCGAUUACUACCUCUUCGGUUUGAUAGACGAGGACAUGAAGAGCAUUGCCCCGGGAACAUUCGAGAGGCAUUGGGGCAUGUUCUAUUAUGACGGGAAACCUAAAUAUGAAAUGGAUAUGACCGGAGGACAAGGAAACGGGCCAAAGUCACUCGUGGGUGCCAAAGGCGUGUUGUAUCAAGAUAAGUCGUGGUGUGUAUUCAACUUGGAAGCGAAGGACUUGUCUCAAGUGGCAGAUUCGAUUGAAUAUGCGUGCGUGAACGGAGAUUGCACAUCCCUCGAGUAUGGUUCUACGUGUAACAAAAUUGGGAAGAAUGGAAACAUAAGUUAUGCUUUUAAUAUGUAUUAUCAAAUGAAUGAUCAAAGUGUGGAGGCUUGUGACUUUAAUGGGCUUGCAACCAUGACCACAUUGGACCCUUCCGAGGGCACUUGCAAGUUCAUUAUACAAAUCCAAAGUGGUGGGAAGAGAUGUGUACAUUAUCAUGGCCUCAAUACGGUUGUUGGGGUUUUGUUAUUAUUAAUGGUCACAAUUGCUUUAUUUUAACCUUUAACUAAUUAUUAGAAUUGAUCAAUGUGAUGUUGACUUUCUAAUCU